AUGUCUUCAAAUGCAGAUGGGGUACUGUCCCUCGUAGAACUUGUUUUUCGCCAGCGUCAUGAAGAGGUACUGGCGUGUGAGAGCGUCGCCGUGAUAGGGCGUGGUACGUCCGGCCAAGGACAGAAACAACGGAUGAUUGCUUUGUGCCGACCCUUUGGUGCUGCCGCAUCUGCCUCACCGUCCUCCCCCUCUUCCUCUGUUUCACAAACGACACUAAAUGUUUUGCGUGUUGAGUCUGAUCGUGUUAUAAAGGUGAAGCUGGUUUUUGUAGUGGCACGUCUUGUUGACGUGAGUCACGAUGGUAACUUUGACGCGACCUUCAACUUUGGAAGCAGUGGUAUGAUCUCUGUUGCCUUCGAGUCGCACAUUCAGCGGGAGAUGUUCGUGGCGGCUGUGCGGCGUGUGCAGCGGGACCUCCAGCCGCUCCAAAUUUCACUCGCGCAGAGCGGCCCCGGGCCCGCCGUGCAGGCAUUUUUGACGGACGCCGUCGGGGCCGCCGCGGAUGCGGAUGCGGCCGCCCGAGUGAAGGGCCUCCGCCGUGCCCGCCACCGUGCGCUCAGCGGCGAGGACGAGCGACGACUGCAGGCGUUUCUCGGCCCCAACGGUUUCGAUGACGUGCGCAGCACGGAACUCCGGCUGCUCGCAAGACAGAAGGAAGCAGAACUCGCAGCCGUUGCGGUGCUACUCACAUCAGGCAGUGCGUGGGAGGGGGUCCGCUGCCGUAUCGCAGAUAUCAUCACAGACAUGGAGGAGCUGGAGGGACGCAUAGCGCAGUACUCACGUCAUAUACUGUCCAAGAAGGAUCAGUUGCAGCGCAUUGAGCACCAGAAUAACAAACUCCAACGUAAACAGCGGAAUCUGGAAAAACUUCAUGAACACCUAGAGGAAUUCUGUGGUCAGUUAAGUCUCCCGAAGCAGACAUCAGCCUUAUUGCUCCGGCUCCGUAGCACAAGGGAUGAAGAUUUGGUUAGUUUCUUUGCAGAAGGGAAUAACGCACAGAUCUUGUCGGAUGCGAUGAAACACAUGCGAACACUGUUACAUAAUACGAAACUUAGCACAGACUUUCCUAUUGCAGCUGUAGCAGAGCGUCGGGCGUUUUUCACGGAACAGCGUCGUAUGAUUGCACAUCGUUCAAAAGCGUAUAUCCUUGCUACAAUUAGCAAACACGAAGAGGCUUACCUGGCAGACCGUAACCGAUAUAGUGGCAAGGGUCGAGUUGUAUGGCGAAUGCACACUGAAUUAAUGGGGCAACUCAUGAGCAUUCGAGAUAUGAUUACUGCGCUCGCCCAUAUUGAUCUAGAGGGGUAUAUUGCCGUCUUGCGUCGCUAUCGUGUAAGUAUGCAACGUGUAUACGCACUUGAGGUACACAGAUUUUUUAAGUACUUGAGAGAGUUAGUUAAAAAAGUGGGUUCACGUGGACCCUUUCUUCUUGGCGUGCGUGAUUCCCCCGAUGACAUGCUCGCCACCCACGUGGAAACAAUGGGAGGAACAGGAGCAAGAUCAAGAUCAGGAUCAGUAGCAGGAGGAGCAGCCUCAACAAAUUUGUGGGGUGGUAGCUUGCGAUCUUCUCCAGAUCCAAGUUUGGCACAAACUCCGCGUGGUCGCUCUAAUAGUAUUGCUCAAAGUAAUAACAGUAAAUACAAUGAUGAAGUGGUUUCGGUAGAACUACCUUGUUGUCAAGAUGAGUCUUUACGUUUGUAUGAUCGGUCAAGUGUACAUGUGGGCACCCCAUCUGCAUCAUCUGCAUUUUCAUUGACCUCAGGUUUUGCCGGAAAAAAGAAUGGUGAACUUCGACCUGAUUUGGCGCUUGCAAUAGCAAUUGAGACUACUUUUACUAUUGUAUUGCAGGAGGAGGAAAUUAUGCGACAGUGCUUCGGUCUUGCCGAAAAAGAACGGGUAAAUGUAGACAAUUCUAUCGAGGGAUCCACCGUACUCAACAGUACCGCUUUGACGAUUGGCGAAAGAGAUGCAUCUGAACUACUUGGUGAAUCUUUGCUAGAAUUGUUUGGAGGUGACAAGCUGGUACAAUUUUCAUCUGCUGCGACGAACUCUACAUCACAGCUGCAAGGAAACGAGACAGAAUUUUCUGGUAGUAAAGUAACUGCCAUUGAUGAUGCUGAUCGUAACUCUGUUAACAUUCUGAGACGGGCGCAACAACGUUGUUUUCUGCAGCAACAACUUUUGGGUUUCGCGGAAUACUGUGGUGAGAAGUGUGAUCGUCUUUACGCUGUUCCAGUUAUCGUUAUGGUGAAGGCGUACCUUCGCGAAGGGACACGCACCGCUGCGAGUUCUUUCUGCUUGGUUAUGCUGCAGGCUCUUGAGCGUCUUGUGGCGUCCAUAAUCUCACGAAGCAUUGCUGAACAGACAGCAUCCAUUGCUGCAUGCCGGCGACGCUAUCUUUUACACCCUGCAGGAAUGUUGAGCUGUUUCACAAAGCUCCCGGUCUUUGUGCAACGUAUGGAGGUGAUACAUGACGCACUUCCACCUGCUAUCUGUAGUCGCAACGACUACGCGUCUAUUGCACUUAGUUUUGUUGACCAAUCAUUUGAAGCACUAAAUUAUAUUACAAACCUUGUAGGCCAAGAUACACGUAGAGAUUUAAAACUUAGUAUAACCGAAACCAUCGCAAUGCGGGCUAUUAAACUCCUAGAUGGUGUAGACAACAAAUCUGCCAAGCGAGGAUUUAUUCAACAGUAUCGCCAUCAUGCUUUUUUCUGCGCUUUUUAUACUUCACUACAACCAACUAAUUGCUACGCAGUGGAUCUUUUACGUGAACGUAAUGAGUCCUCUGAGUUGUUGCGUGACCGUUACGAGGAGGUAUACCUUACGCGUGUGGUCCUUGUAAAAGACUUUACGGAAUUCGGUAGUUUUGUACUAGUCGCCGAAGAUUUGGUACGCGUACACUCGCGUGAAGAGUUGCGGCAUCACAAUGCGCUUUCAGUGGAGGCCGUCCGCCGUGUCUUGCGCUCUCUGCCGCGAGAGAUGCGCAAUGGCAUACCCUCAAGUUCUAAACGAAUGAAGAAGCACUUUCUUCGUGAUGUAGCCGGAAAGCAGGAGGAAUCAUUCCACUGUACACUGUUGCAGCGUCUGUGGCAGCACUUUGGCAUAUUAUUGCUGCAGAAGAUAGAUUUUUUGGAGGCACUCUUACGUUGGCCAAUGUAUGAAGGAAUUGAGAUGUCUGUGACACGGAACGAGGUUUCGGCUCUUCUUCAGGAGGUCUGA